CUGUCCUGCAUCAGAAGAAGUUUUCUUGGAUAAGUUGGAUUCAACUGUAAAACGAAAUUAUUCUCUUAAAAUAUAUCAAAAUUAGGCGUCUGAAACUCAGCAAUGAAUCUCAAACGGACUCAGACCAUCCUUGAAGCCCAGGAUGGAGCUGCAAAAAUUAGCAGUAUGGCCUGGUCCCCCAACAACAUGAAGCUUGCUGUUGCUACAGCUGAUAGAGCUAUACUUUUAUUUGAUGAAGCUGGAGUUAGGCGAGACAAGUUUUCCACAAAGCCAGCUGAUGCCAAGUAUGGGAAGAAGAGCUACCAAGUGAAAGCCAUUGCUUUCUCUCCAGACAGUACCAAGUUGGCUAUAGGCCAAACUGACAAUAUCAUCUAUGUCUACAAAAUUGGAGAGGGAUGGGGCGAAAAAAAAGUGAUUUGUCACAAAUACACACAGAGCAGUCAAGUUACUUGCCUGAUCUGGCCUCUUGAUGGUCCUAUUGUCUAUGGUCUUCUGGAGGGAAAGGUUCGAGCAUCCAAUACAAGAACUGGCAAAUCACAGACCCUCUACCAGACAGACUCCUAUGUUGUAUCUCUUGUGUCUAAUCUUCGAGGCACAGGCUUUCUAGCAGGUCAUGCCGAUGGCGCCGUUGUGAGGUUCUAUGUUGCUGAUGAUCCAGGAGCUGCACAGCAGGGCAAGGUGAUUAAUCACCCCGUGCCACCUUACGCCAUGGCCUGGACCAACAGUCACAUCCUCAUCGCAGGCUGUGAUAAAAGAGUCGCUGUAUACAACAGGAACGGCAAGCUCAUGCAGACGUUUGAUCACAGCAAGGACCUUACAGAGAGAGAACUCACGACGAUGGUGUGCAGUCCUAGUGGUCAGACGGUCAUUGUUGGGAGCUAUGACAGACUACGAGUGUACGAGUAUAGCAACAGUCGUGACGUAUGGGAGGAGAAAGGUACAAAGCAGUUCAAGAAUUUGUACAGCGUCACAGCCCUUGCCUGGAAGCGUGAUGGGUCGAGGCUGGUGUGCGGCACGCUGUGUGGCGCUGUCGAGCUUUUCGAUUCCGUCCUAAAACGUAGCGUGUUCAAGAACAAGUGGGAGAUGGUGUACACGGGCCCCAGUCAGGUUCUGAUCAAGCCAUUAGAGGGUACCGGCCCUAACGGUGCCCAGGGAAUCAUCGUGCGCUCGCAGUAUGGCUUCGAAAUCCACGACGUCAGAAUCAUGGGUCAGGACCGAUAUCUGGUGGCCCAGACACCGGAAACUUUGCUACUAGCGGACCUGCACAAAAAUCUUCUCAGCGAGGUGCAGUGGAUGAACCCUGGUGACGAAAAGUUCUACUUUGACAACGAGAACGUGUGUUUGAUCUUCAAGGGCGGUGAGCUAAGCCUGGUGGAGUACGGGAAUAACAGCAUCUUGGAGAGCGUCAGGACGGAAUUCCUGAACCCUCACCUGAUCAGCGUCCGCAUCAACGAACGACCGCGCCGGGGGGACCCCGACAACAAGAAGAUGGCCUACCUCUUAGACCUCAAGACCAUACACAUCAUUGACUUGGUGUACGAGAGCAGCUUAGGUCAGGUUGCCCACGACAGUCGCGUAGACUGGCUCGAGCUGAACGAGAACAGCCGUAAGCUGCUCUUCAGGGACAAGCGCUUACGCCUUACGCUGGUGGACGUGGCUAGCCGCGUCAAGACUACCAUACUUAGCUACGCUACCUUCGUACAGUGGGUACCAGGCAGUGAUGUGGUGGUAGCACAGUCCCGCGAGCAGCUGUGCGUGUGGUACAACAUCGACGUACCAGACCGCAUCACAACCACGCACGUCAAGGGGGAAGUUACCGACGUGGAGCGCAGUGAUGGCAAAACUGAGGUGGUGGUGGUUGAUGGUCACCAGGAGCUAUCGUACCCGCUGGACGAAGGUCUCAUCGAGUUCGGGACAGCGCUGGACGAUGAAGACUACGUUCGAGCCAUGAAAUAUCUCGAGACGCUGCCUCAGACGGCUGAGGCUGAGGCGAUGUGGCGCACGCUGGCGAGGCUGACACUAGAGGCACGACAGCUCUACAUCGCUGAGCGCUGCUACGCCGCACUCGGCGACAUCGCACGGGUCUCCUACCUCGCUGAGAUCAACGCCAUCAGGGAUAAAGUCCAGGAAACCAGGGGCGAGGACGGUCUGGAGGAGUACGAGGUGCAGGCGAGACUAGCAGCGCUGGAGCAGCAGUUCAAGACCGCAGAGACCGCCUACCUCGCCAACAACGACCUGGACGCUGCCAUGGACAUGUACCAGACCAUGCAUAAGUGGGAUGAUGCGGUAGAGCUGGCGACCCUGAAGGGGUACGGUGACCUGGAGCAGCUUCGUCUGGCGCACAACAAGUGGCUGCUGGAGACGCACCAGGAGGAGAGGGCGGCGCAGCUCAAGGAGCGCGAGGGAGAGUACGAGGCUGCGGUUACCCUCUACCUCAAGGCCGCGCGUCCUGCUAAAGCUGCCAAGUGCGUUCGCCACUUCAAUUUGCAUAUUGUGCAGGUGAUCGAGGACGACGUUAACCUGCAGUCUCAGCUGCAGAAGCUGGGCGACCACUACGCCCUCACCGGCGAACUGAAGCUUGCGGAGAAGUUCUACGUGCAGGGCAAACUCUACAAUGAGGCCAUACACAUGUACAACCAGGCUGGCGAGUGGGAGAAGGCGCACCGCAUCGCCAGCGCGCACCUGUCGGGGGCGGAGGUGACGACGAUGUACGUGGCGCAGGCCGAGCAGCUCGAGGACGCCGGCAAACUCAAGGAGGCCGAGAAACUUUACGUGUCCGUCGGGGAGCCUGACCUGGCCAUCACCAUGUACAAGAAGCACCGCAACUAUGACCAGAUGUUGCGUCUGGUGAAGCAGUACCACCCAGACCUGGUACAGUCGACGCACCUACACCUGGCGGGGGAGCUGCAGCAGGAGGGCAACUACAGGGACGCUGAGAAGCAUUACGUCGCCGCCGACGACUGGAAGGCUGCUGUCAACAUGUACAGAACUCUGGACAUGUGGGAGGAGGCAUAUAGAAUGUGUAUAAGAGACAGGACUACGCCUGCGAGAACAUGCAGGUCAGUGGUGGAACAUGCGGCCUGCAUAGACUACGCCUGCGAGAACAUGCAGGUCAGUGGUGGAACAUGCGGCCUGCAUAGAUUACGCCUGCGAGAACAUGCAGGUCAGUGGGUGGAACAUGCAGCCUGCAUAGACUACGCCUGCGAGAACAUGCAGUUUGACUUCGCAUUCGACCUGGCCAAGAUCGCCAUGAAGAAGAAGUUGCCGGACAUUCACUACAAGUACGCCAUGGCUCUAGAGGACGACGGCAAAUAUGCGGACGCUGAGAAGGAGUUCAUAGAGGCCGGCAAACCCAAGGAAGCUGUGCUCAUGUCAGUGGGUCAGUGCUAUCUCAAGAUCACGCCGAGCGUGGCCACGGACGUGCAGGACGUGGAGGACGCGUGGGUGGCCGCCAGCGAGGUGGCCGCCAAGAGGCUCGGUCCUGACCGUGCCCGGGAGAUCGCUGCCGACCUCGGCCCGCAGCUGGUGUCCUUGCAGCGGCCAAGGGGCGCCGAGAAAGUCUUCUUGGCAGGCCAGAUGGUCAAGGAGGCCAUCGACGCCUUGAUUAUGGCCAAGGACUUCACUAAGGCCCAGAGGGUGGCCACUGAACUCGACCCUCGCCUUGAGGAGUACGUCGACACCGCCUACAAGGAGCACCUUAAGAAUGAGGGCGAGGCCGAGGUACUGGCAGGUGUUGACAUCCUGGCAGCGCUGGACAUGUACCUGAGCAAGGGGCAGGUGACGAGGGCGCUGGACACGGCGGCGCAGCAGGGCCCACAGCUCCUGCACAAGUACCUCGCCAGGCACGUCGCCGACCUCAUCAAGGACGGCAAGGCGGCCGAAGCUCUACCGCUGUAUAAGAAAUACGGCGCACCUGCCUACCAACAGAACUACAACCUGUACCAGCACCUGGCUCGCUCAGUGUUGUCUGAAGGAGGGCUGAGCGCCACGACGCCAUACGAGACGUGGGCGAACCUGCGCGACGUGUUGCUCAUGGUCGUCAACAACGUCAGGGCGCAAGACGGCGGACAAGGGGUCUUGGACGUGUUCGAGGAGCUGCUGUUAAUUGCGCACUACUUCGCGGCGCGGUGCGCGUACAGCAAGACGCAGGACAUCGCAGAGCUGGCGACCCUCGUGGCCGUGGCGCUGCUGCGACACACAGACGUCCUGCCUGCUGACAAGGCCUUCUAUGAGGCCGGCAUGGCCUGCAAGGAGUCAGGAUGGAACAACAUGGCGUUUGUGUUCCUGAACCGGUUCCUGGACCUGUGUGAGGCCAUAGAAGAAGGAUCCCUGGACUCCCUGGACCACGCAGACUUCCUGGACACAGACGUGCCCUACGAGAUCCCCUUACCUGACCACGUGUCCGUGCCUGAACAACUUAAGGAGGAUGCUAAGGAGUGGGUGCUUGCUGUCUCCAUGGACCAGAGCGUCGAGCAGGUGCUGCCCCAGGACGAGCGUGGGUGCUACGCGGCGUCCCUCAUAGACGGGGAGGGACAGCGCAGUCCCCCCUGUGUGGUCACGGGGUACCCCGCUGUCAAGCCCUACCUGCUCCUUAAGUUCGGACAGGUUGCCAUCAAAGAAUACCUCAACAAGCUGAUCAUGAGCGUGAAGCGCAGCGGUGCCCCUGAGAGCCAAGACGUGCUACGCUUCAUAGCGACCUGGGGCGGCGGCCUCCCUAAUAUUGGAUACAACUUCUAGACUGGCACAUUUAUUUCAAUUACUUAUUCACUAUUGUGUGAUAUAGAUUAUUCACUAUUAUAUGAUAUUAACU